AUGUUUGUCCAUGCUGAUGAAAUCAUUGCACGUAUUAUGGCUCAAUCAGGUCGACAAAGUGGUUUGGCUGUGAUAUUAUCGAACCUAUUAUCAUUUCGAGGCGAUGAAAUUUAUUUCAAACAUGAGAAAGCGCUUGUUGGUAGAACAUUUCAUGAUGCUCUAUUUGCAUACAAUAAAUGUUCGGCAAUUGGAUUGAUGCUACCCGAUGGAACAGUUAAAAUGUUGCCACCAUUGGAUACAAUAAUCAAUACGAAGGAUCAAAUAAUAGUUAUAGCUGAAGAUGAUAAUAAAAUUACAUUAUCAUCUAAUUAUUUAGCACUCAAGCAUAAAGAUGCUCCCCCAAUAUUAUUUUCAGAAAUAAAUCCAAAUACAAUUCCAUUAUCAACACCUACAUCAACAAAAGUAGAACGAAAUAUUAUAUGUGGCUGGAAUAACAAAGUCCCAUUAAUAUCUAAAGAAUUGGAUACUUAUGUUUCUCAUGGUAGUGAACUUCAUAUAUUAACAAAUUCUGAUGAAGCAAAACAAUUCGCAACUAAUCAAUUAGUCAAUGAAUUAAAACAACAAAAACUUUUUUUUCAUCCAGGUCAUAUGACACAUCGUCAUGAUUUGGAAAAACUAAAUUUAUCAACGUUUAAUUAUGUUAUGCUAGUACCUAGUGAAGAUGGUCGAGAAAAAAAUUUAAUUGAAGAAGCAGAUGCUGAAUGUGUUAUUUGUUUGUUAUAUAUACGAGAUAUAAUUGAUAAAUCAAACUGGGAAAAAACAUUUAAUAUUGUAACAGAAAUGUAUAAUAUACGUAAUACUGAAUUGGCUAAUAUGGCAUGUGCAGAUGAUUUUAUAAUUAGUCCAUAUUUAAUAUCAAAAUAUAUUACACAAUUAUCUGAAAAUAAAAACAUAAAAAAAGUAUACGAUGUUUUAUUAACAUCUGUAGGUCCUGAUAUUCUUCUACGUCAAGCAUCCCUGUUUGUUCCACUAAAUAUACCAGUAAGCUAUUGUCAAGUUUUACAAUCUACAUUAAAAUUUCAGUGUAUGGCUAUUGGUUAUAGAUUAAUGAAAUAUGCCCGGGAUUCAACAAAACUUUACGGUAUUGUUAUAAAUCCAAAUAAAGAAGAACAAAUAAUAUUUACAUACAAUGAUAAAAUUAUUCUUUUAGCUGAUGAAACAAUUGUGUCCUCGAAUGUUCGUUGUACAGAUUUCAAAUAG